GCCCGGGUCCCGCCCCCGGUCCCGCCCCUCGGCGCGCGCGGUGAGGCGAGCAGGAGGCCGCGGCGGCGCGGCGGUCGCCAUUUUGCUCGAGCCUGGGAGCCAGCGGGAGCGGAGCGGCCGUUACCGCCGCCCCCUGCCCUCGGUCCGUUCCGGUCCGGCCCCGCGCCGAGCCCUGCCUCUCGUGGAGUCCCGGUGGGAAGAUCCCGGCCGACAUGAGUGAUGUCGAGGAGAACAACUUCGAGGGCAGAGUUAAUGUUCGUGAAGAAAUUGAAGAGUUUUUUCCAAGAAUGUGGAAGAUAAAUCAAGAUAAAAGAAGGCUAAUGAAAAGUAUUAAAGAUCAGAAAAUUAAAAUUGAAUGGGGGAAAAAAUUGAACAGAAGAUUGGUCAGAUAGAAGCACUUGAAUAUUUUUUAAGGCUAUUAUGAAUUGUUUGAAUUGGGGAAGAAUACACGAAGUAUGAAAAAGGAAAAACUCAAUGAAGAAUGAAGAAAAGUAGAAAGCACGAGUGAAGUAGAAUUAAAAGAAUCUGGAAGAAUGAAUGGGUCCUAGGUUAAGUAAAUGAGUCUCGCUCUCAGUCAAAAUCUCCAGCGGGGAGUCCUGCUCGUGUAAAAUCGGAGAGCAGGUCAGGAUCUCGUAGUCCAUCAAGGGCUUCUAAACAUUCCGAAUCCCACUCUCGAUCAAGAUCAAAAUCCAGGUCGAGGUCAAGGAGACAUUCUCAUAGACGCUACACUCGAUCCAGGUCCCACUCUCAUUCUCAUAGGAGACGAUCACGAAGUAGGUCGUACACACCAGAGUAUCGUCGUCGAAGAAGCCGAAGUCAUUCUCCCAUGUCUAACCGAAGAAGACAUACAGGCAGCAGAGCUAAUCCAGACCCCAACACAUGUCUUGGAGUAUUUGGUCUGAGUUUAUAUACAACAGAGAGAGAUCUUCGGGAAGUAUUUUCCCGUUAUGGACCCUUGAGUGGUGUCAAUGUGGUUUAUGAUCAGCGAACUGGACGAUCCCGAGGAUUUGCUUUUGUUUAUUUUGAGCGAAUAGAUGAUUCAAAAGAGAGAGUUUCUGAAAAGCAGCUGCCGCCCUGCCCGCUUAGCCUAAACCGCCAUGAGUUUCCAGCAUCAUGGCGGCUGCCGGGGUGCCGCCCCGUUGUCUCCCUGCAGCUCAUGCGUUUGGCGGCUUACGCAACUUGCUGUACGUGCAGACGUGUGCGUGCCAUCACGUGCCACCGUGCUGUGAUUACGUGCCUCCUUACGUUUCUCUGCACGCUAUGGAGAGGGCAAAUGGAAUGGAAUUGGAUGGCCGAAGGAUCCGUGUGGAUUACUCCAUUACUAAGAGAGCACACACCCCCACACCGGGCAUCUACAUGGGCAGACCUACUCAUAGUGGAGGAGGUGGUGGCGGUGGUGGCGGCGGAGGUGGCGGAGGCGGUGGCAGACGUCGUGACUCCUAUUACGAGCGAGGAUAUGACCGAGGAUAUGACAGAUAUGAAGAAUAUGAUUACCGGUACAGAAGAAGAUCACCAUCUCCAUAUUACAGUCGCUAUAGAUCACGGUCAAGAUCCCGUUCCUAUAGCCCAAGACGCUAUUGAUGAAUUGAACGGUUGCUAUUGAGGACUUGGAUUUUUAAAAUUCUGGAUUUCUCCAACCUUUUAAUCUUCCCCACCUCUCAAGAACCCUUAAAAAAUCUUUGGUUUAUUUAGAAUCUACACUUUUUAAGUUGAUAUAUUGCUGUUUUCACCCCUUUAUUAUACUCUGGAAGAUAUAAUUGUUGUAGUUUUGAGUAGUCAAACAUCUUAAACAAAACUUAAAGGAAACCCCAGUGUUAAUACAUUUUGUAAAUCCUUUUUUGUUUUUACAAAAAAAAAAAAAUUAACUCCUAUCUUAACCAAAUGAGAAAAGAAAUUGAUGUUUUUGAAAAGCCUGUUUUGUGUCAAUUGUACACACAUUAUAACGAAAUUUUCAUUGACAAAUAACUUGGUGUUUUGGGGUGUUUUGUUUGUUUAUUUUUGGUUAACUGUUUGCCUGUUUAUUUUAAGAAAAAUAGUAACCUAUCUAAAACUGUUAAUGACAAAUUUAAAUGUGGGGUGGCAUGGAACAGUGAAAUAGUUGAGUGUAGAACGUUUGAAGCUGUAGAAGAAAAAUGAUUCUUGAUCAUUUCUUUUGAAAGGAAUCAAAAAUUGAACCCUAAAAAUUAGGUCUAUGUUUUAGAGAUGAAAAGCUUGUGGACUCCUCCUGCACAACAUAUUGCAUUUGAAAUACAUCUGUUAAACCUUGCAAAUUUAAUUAAAGUGUGGUUUGUGUGUGUGUUUUUUUUUUUUAAAAAAAACCUUAUUCAGUUUAAAUGUUCCCUUAAUCAGUGAAGGACAACCCCUAUUUAUUGAAUAUAGCAAUUUAGUUAUAUAAUUUGCUGUUCAUAGAAAUUUUGUUAUUGGGAUAAUGGGUUAAUAAAUAAGCAGGUUAUAGUUUACAAUCCUUUGAAGUGAUAUGUGUGGUGGGAAUUUACCAUAAGUCUGCUCUCAUUUCAAAUAAAAGUUAAUUCCAUUGAAA